GCCUUCCUAGCUCCUCAGAGAAGAUGUCAGGUUGCUAAGCGGGAAUUAGGUGUGGUGGGUGUGGGAGAGAACGACCCCGGGGAAGCCUUGCGGCCUUAGCGGCCGUCCCCCCCCACCAGGCGACUGGGCCACGGUUGGGGUGGGGGGCCGGGUGGGGGGUGGAAAAAGGAGCAGGAGUGGCUGGGGGCUCCGGAGGUCAGCGCCCCUGGGGGAGACCGAGAUGAAGAGUGCCACUUCGCCUGCUGUGGCCACUGCCAUGGCCCAACCCCGACCGGAGGGUCCCCUUGUUGGCUCUGAAAGCAAAGGGGUCGAGGCCGCUCCCACCCUGGUUCCGUCUGGGGAGAAGAAAGUGCUGGCGACCAAGGUCUGGGGAACGGUGAAAUGGUUCAAUGUGAGGAACGGUUACGGUUUCAUCAACCGGGACGACACCAAGGAAGACGUCUUCGUUCACCAGACUGCCAUCAAGAAGAACAACCCGCGCAAGUACCUGCGGAGCGUUGGGGAUGGCGAGCCUGUGGAGUUCGAUGUGGUGGAAGGAGAGAAGGGGGUGGAGGCCGCCAAUGUCACCGGGCCUGGUGGCGCUCCCGUGCAAGGGAGCAAGUAUGCAGCUGACCGCAGCGAGUACCGCCGGGGGCCACCCCGCAGCAGCGGGGGUCCGCCACCACAGGCCCCCCGCAAGAGCCGCGCCAGCUGCCCGAGAGCGGAGGGCCCCGAGAAGCCCAGCGACGGGGCUCCCCCGGCAGGGGAGCAUGAGACUUGGAAGAGCUGUGUCCCCCGCCGUCCAUCCUACCCCCUGCACUUUGCCCGUCGGUCGCAGUACGUGGCUCUGGCUCUGAGACGAGGUCCGGCGGAUGGUGCUGACACGGAGCUGGCCGGCAGCGGGGAGCAGAGCCGCGUGGGCCGACGUAGUGGCUUCCGCGAAGGGAGGGCCCCGCUGCGUGGAGCCGGGGCCGGUCGAUGGGGACCCACCGUGCGGGCUGAGGGUCCGGAGGAUGAGAAGGAGAACCACAAGGGCAAGAGGAUCCGCAGCCAGCAGUCACCACAACGCCGUUUCCGCCGCCACUUCAGUUACCAACAUCGCAGGCCUGGCAACCCCAGGCCUUCGGAGGGUCGAGAGGCCAAGGCUAUGCCCAAUGCUGACAUCGGGUCCCAGGCCAAGGACAACAGCCUGGAGAGUGGACACGCAUAGAGGCCACUGCCCAGGGCAAGCCCACCCCACCAGCAAACCAUGGACCAGCUUUUAAGCAGGAAGGGGGAGGGAGACCCUGCGAUUCCAGCCUGAAAAACCUACCAACGCCUUAGUUUGAGUUUUCUGUUGUUGUUGCAAAUGACCAGGAAGGAGAGACACACAUCAGAGAGGGAGAGAAGGGACAUACCUGGGAGGCAGUAGUGAACCUUAUGUUACUCUCGUGGGGUUUUUUGUUUUGUUUAAUUUCCCUCCCCUUCCCCCCUUUUUCCCAUUUGUGUUUUAAGUUUUAGUUAUUUUGGAAAUUCCCUUGUUGAUUUCUUUCUCCCAGAUCCCUCUACCUCCCCACCUUCUCCCCACACACACACACACCCCAACCCCUUACAAUGGCGUGGAGUAUCUGUUUUUUAUUUGCUUUUUUCAAGAUACUGGUGUGAUUUGGUUUCUUUCCUGCCCCUCCAUCCCCUCUCAAAUGAGUAUCUCCCUGGGCAACCCCCCCCACCCCUCCCCCUCAGGCAAACUCGCAGGCACACAUUAAUAAAAAAGGUCUUAAUUUUAAAAGAAA